AAAAUAGAAUGAAAAGAAUAAUUAAUAAAGGAGGACUAACAACAGUCCGGUGCUCUUAAGGAAGUGGAGUUGUAGGAUUUGAUGAAGUAGUGUCAUUCCUUCUAGCAUUGUGAGAAGAUGGGGGUUUGGCGGCAUUUGUUGAGCCCUUGGUUGAGGGUGGAACCCAGAGUUGGUUUCCUUGUGGAACCCAAAGUGAAGGAACCCAACUUUGGGUUCCACGAGGAAUUCGAUCUGGAGUUGGGUUCCUCACGACGAGGAACCCGAUCUGGGUUUCUCACGAGGAGGAACCUAGACGAGGGACCCGAUCUGGGUUCCAUCUGGGUUCCUCACGAUGAGGAACCCGAUCAUGAGGAACCCAGAUCGGGUUCUUGAGGAACCUAGCUCUGGGUUCCUCGUCGAACACAGUUUGUACCUUUUUUUCACCUUUCUUUCCUAUGAUUCUUUCUGGUUUCGAUAGAAUAAUAAGAUGAUGAUUUGAUUCUUUGAUGAGUUCUCAACUUUUCUUGCAAGUGAAUUAAAAGAUUGUUCCUUUU